AUGGCUGCUACAAGCUGGACCGAGAAUGGAGGUGCGACGCAGAUCCGAGUGUUCUUUUUGGAUGAGCAGAAUAAUAUUCGGCAGUCUCGGGGAGAUCACGAAACAAUGUCACAGUGGAGUUCUAUCACCAUUGGGCUUGCAACGGAAACAGAGAUUUCACCGGGCUCCCAACUUGCAAUAGCACGCCCUGAUCAAGAUGACCAAUUGCUUCGACUAUUCUAUCAACAGAAGUCUGAUGCUGGCAGAAAGGCUGGAGGUUCGCUGCGUGAAAUCAGGUACGACGCAAGUGAUCAGGUGUGGGCCAUUCAAGAUAAUGCUAUUACCGACGAUGCCAUCGAGGACACUCGUCUUUCUGCCGUGUCCGAUAAACUCAAGCAGGAUGUGCGGCUGUAUUUCCAGGGUUCUGAUAUGCAGCUCCGUGAGAUGUACUGCGACGGAGAUUAUAGGUGGAGCUAUCGCUCUCUUAUCAUCCAGAAGCGACAAAAGCUUGGCUACAGAGCACCCAUCUCUGCAGUCUGCUGGCGAUCCGAUCAAUUGAAGCUCCAAAUCCGAGUCUUUACGCUCCUUGCUACGAAUAAGAAUACCAUGGCGCAAAUGUCGUACAAUCACCCGAACUGGAAGACUAUCUCUAGUCCUGCGGUGUCGUUUCAAGAAGGCUCAGGGGUUGGGUCAUGCCGCGAUACAGGGACUCGUACUGUUGGCAACACUCCAAUCUGUGUCUUCUAUCAGCCUGGAUCCCGGAUCAUCGAACUGUGGACUGUGCCAGCUGAUGACUCUACUGCUAGCCAUCAGAUGGAACACAAGGGUAUGGUACUAAUCAAUCAGGACACUGCUGAGCCAUCAUCGUCCACCAAUCCUGCUAUGGCUACAGAAAAUGAGCGGCUGGAGCAGGAAGUGCGCAGGCUCACAGCUAGUUUAAAUACAGCUGAGUCAAAUGUCACCCAGUUACAAACUCAGAUCAAUGGUAUAGACAAGGAGAAGUCUGCUCUAAAUGAUGGAAAUGUCGCACUUCACAAGGAGACAGAACUCCUCCGGUCUGAAAUCGAAAAGUUAAAGGAGCAAAAUAAUGACGGAGCGCAUUGGAAGAGCAUGUAUGAGACUCUGCACAGCUCCACUCUCAAGACUGAUGAGGGACUGGACAAGCUAGCUUCUCUUACUCCGUUACACUCUCGCGACGCGUCGCAAAAUUAUGACACAAUGAGAAUUUAUCGAAAUUUGGCUAUGGAUGGCUGGGCACGUGGCUAUUACAUGGCUAGAAGACAUUACAAUGGAACCUACCAUUAUUACCUGCGGAACGAAGACGACUGGCCUUCGCUCAAAAAUAGCUUUAGUACCCUUUUUGGCGCUGAUCAAAGCGAUUGGCCAAAAGAUUUUCGAUUGUAG